AUGACGUCCAACAGCCCACUUGCCUUCGACGUCUACCCGGAGAUCGGGCUGAAGAACAAGAACAUUGAGUUCAUCCUCGGCACGCCCAUCAACAAUAUUAUGACCCAUUUGCAGCAAAACCCGAAUAUCCAAGUGGACUUGCUGUAUUCCAGCAAGAACCCGUUCUUCGAGGUGAUCCAAAUUAGGCUGGUGAAGUCGGGCGUCACGCUCCUCUUUGACGGCCGGACCCAGCUUUUGAAGCAAAUCGAAGUGAACGCGCUGAGCUCGAUUAUCCUCAGAUACAAUGGAAAGGUAUUUUCGGAACCUUCCGCCGAGGCCACGAUGGAGAAAGUGGGGACGUUCUUUGCCAGCACUCACCCAGGAGCCUAUGAUGAGCGCCAGAAAAUGUAUGUGCAAUCUUGGCGCGGGUUGUCUUUCUGCUUCCCUACAACCGGAAGUUUGAACGUUGAAGUGACGCCUGGCUUCAGCCCAAGUCUGCACAGCUUGAGGUACGACGCCAGCUCGCAGCCCAAGUUGACGAAGAUGAGCAUCUUCAAGGGGUCGCUGGGCGGAAAUAAGGAUGAUGAGGAGCUUCUCGUACCCCUUGCCGCGUAUUGCGGCCAGAAUCGAACAAUUUUGGCCGACGUCAUCGUGGAGAACGGGCGGGUCGAGGGCUGUACAUUCACUUUCUAUACGCAAAGCGGUGAAGCAGCUGAGGAUCGCACUUCCCAGGCCGAUCUUGAAGUUUUCGAGAUGACCCGGCAAGUCCGGUUCGGUGAUCCGUCGACGGACGUAAUGUGCGCUCUCGGGGCGCCGUCAAAGGUCUACUACAAGUCUGAGGACAAGAUGAUCAUCCACCGGGGGCAAAACGAGUCGAAGGACGAGCCGGACUUCUUCUUCAACUACUUCUCGAUGGGCGUAGUAAGUCGAUUCCAGGCUUUGAAAGGGGUUGUA